AUGAUUCCUCAAGUUGCCUACCACGCUCAACAUCCAUCGAAGCAGUUUGAACAUCAAGGACUUGGUACCCCUUCAUUUGAUCCCCUCCAACAACUCAGAAGCCCGGAUACCUUCGCGCCACUUCCCCUUCGAAGCUCCAGAAAUAGUGGAUCUUCACUGGCCCCUCCAUACCGCGCAUACCCGAUCGAGAAUGAUGGGGUCCUGAAUCCUAGCCUUGUACAGGGCAAGGCCGCUCCCAGUCAUAGCCUCGCUGGGCAAUACCAUGACCCGGCCGAGCAUAUGUUGCGAAGGAAAACACCCAACGGUACUCUGGCUGCUGGCUAUGAUGGAACGCCUGUUCAAUGGUCCAGCAAGGCGCCUGCUUUGAAACACCUUGUACUUCCAGUCUCGAACGGCCACUCGACUACCAAUAACACAUGUACCCCUACAGCAUUGGACAACUCCCGGACAAGAGGGAGAACUGACAGUCUGAGAGGAGCCUCUCAGCAAACAGGACAGAUGCAACGAUCCAAUGUUCACGAAAAAGGGUUUCGACGCAGCCAUAGAGGUACACCCUGGCUCCAGUCGCACUUUCCAGUAGACUCAUCCCAGAAUGUGUGGGAUCACAUUCGACACCAAGAAGCGUCUAGCAUUUACCCAAACAGCGCCGUGAACGUCCCGACCGUCCUCCAACCAUUGUAUCAGCCAGCUCCCGGACCAACUGCGUCCGAUGAUGGUGGCCUCUAUGGUCCAUACUGGCCAGAUGGGCGAUUCGUGCCUUAUCGUCCUGCUGCUGUCAGAGAUCAGGGGGGUAAUAGCCAACAAGGGCCGGUCCCGUCUCUGACCCCGAACUAUGGGUUUGGACAGCAGUAUCUCAUCUCGGCAGAGCCUUUACCACCAUUCCGACAUCUAGCUUUCAGCGAGGAUCCGAGUUUAGCGAAUCGUUCGGGACAGGCAAGCUUCUCUCUUCAAAUGCCCAUUCCAGCGGUCCCGUAUAAACCACCAAUGGCAUCCCAGGCUACUGAUGGCAAUACCGUUCUAUAUGAAAUGUCCGACGAUUGUCGAACUCCCACAGUACAAUCGCCAAGCAAGCCCAGUAUUUCCAGAUUUAGAGAGAAGACUCUCGGAUGGGCCCACAGUAUCUAUGUUGAUCUUCUAGCAUAUCUCCAUCAGACCAGGAAGGAAGCAAAAAAGUCAAGACAUAACCAUGGAUCCGAAACAUACUCGAAGAAUAGCAUAUAUCCAAAGCCACCCCGUCAACCUGCAUCCCACCUAGCUUCAACCCACUGGUCGCAGCCGGACCGCAAUGGCAGCGCAAUGAAAGCACCUCAACACGCUGCCGCAGCGCCAGGACAUUGCCAACCAUCAUUUAGUGCGAGCUUCAUGGGCUGGCAAGGAAUGUCGAAUAUGGAUGCGCCACGUCCUGCCAGAUCAUUCAACCAAGAUGUACCCCAUUACAUGUCUCCUUUUCAAACAUCUCCCCAACUUCCCAUCUCGCCAUUAAGCAAGGCGAAAGAGGCUUUGGAGAUGCUCAAUACCCUAUGCAAUGAGAGCGGCUGGUGUUGGAUUGAUGGCAUGUUAUUAGGAGGGUGUCUUGCAUAUGGUCUUGAGGAGUACCAUAAAGCACUUGAUUGGUAUUCCAAGAUCAUCGCUCUAGAUCCAAGGCACGUUGAAGCAAUAUCAAAUCUCGCAGCCACGUUACUCUGCUUGAAUAGACGCGAAGAAGCGGAACAGUACUGGCUGCAGUCAGUCAAGCUUCGGCCAAGCUAUUUUGAAGCCGUUGAGCACCUCAUCGGCUUGCUUUGCGGCGACCAUAGAGGGACUGAAGCUGUCAGUAUCAUCGAUUUUGUGGAGCGUUCUCUAAGGCUCCCGAAGCCUGAAGAGCCAUCAGAUCAUUUCAGUGAAACUUCAAGCAACGCUGAUCGCGAGUCAUGUGAAUCCACUGGGACAGGUACAGAGAUCAUCGCCCUUGAAUAUGACAUUGAUAGCCAUAAGAUGUUCUCCUCCCCCCGAACACGAGAGAACGAUGAUCUCUCAAUGCAAGCCGGUUUUGGUUCCAGUGGUUUCUCUGUCCCCGGCUCGGAAAACGGGCGAAUUCUUGCAUUGGUUCAUGCUAAAGGCAAUAUGCUGUAUGCUCUUGGAGACAUCAACGGAGCCUCAAAGGCAUUUGAGGAAGCAGUUCUCAUGAGCUCAGGCCGAAGUUACCAUGGGAUUCAGGAUCUUAUCAGAAGGAUUGUGAAUGUUCUGUCGCUGGAUGAGAUCCACCCGUUGCGAGCCGACUUCAGAUCUCCUCCGCUGCAAGCUAGCUCGUCACCACUUUUGCUUCCUCCGGAUAAGGCUCUCCAAACAGCACGACUUGUGUUCACAAGGAAUGGUGAGCUUCCCGGACUUCGACACGUGCCUGAAGGGCUCGCUCGACGAGCUGCAAUUUCAACGACAAGCAAUUCGCUCCUAUCUUUGGCCAAGAUUUUCCAGGAUGCCAUGUCUAAUAACAGCUCUCGCCAGAAAAAAGCGAGGAUGCCGACAGGUGUAGGAGAUAUUUUAGCAUUGUACUACCUGUCUCUAUCGCUUCAACCUAGCCCCUCAACUGCCAACAACGUCGGCAUUCUCCUCGCCAGCGUUCAGCAACCUGCUUCACACCGUCCUCUCCAUCCAAGGAAAUCCUCCAGUCAGCCCACAAUACCAGGUGUAGUGCCCGGUAGUGGAAUUGCUCUGGCACUUGCAUACUAUAAUUACGGACUUAAUCUUGAUUCUCGGCAUGCACACAUAUACACAAAUCUUGGCAGUCUGUUGAAGGAUAUCGGCCAGCUUGCAGCUGCUAUCACGAUGUAUGAAAAGGCAGUGGCCUGUGAUAGCACGUUUGAUAUUGCUUUGGCCAACUUGGCAAAUGCUGUCAAAGACCAGGGCCGCACGAGCGAUGCUAUCCAAUACUACCGACGCGCCGUUGCGUCGAGUCCAGAUUUUGCAGAAGCUGUCUGCGGUCUUGCAAAUGCCCUCAACUCUGUGUGUGACUGGGCUGGACGUGGAGGGGUGAUAUUAGACAGCGGCAGACAGGACAGAUGGCACGUUGACGAAACCGGCAUGAUAACCGACGCAAGAACAAACGGGGAAGGCGGCGGGUGGAUGAAACGUGUUGUUGACAUAGUUGCACAGCAGCUCAAAGAUGGUUCUCUCUGGGGCCGGGGAGUUCUCGUGGACCAAGCGCUUCUCCCUUUCCUUCGCCAACUGGAGGUGGCCGACUCAGGGGAGCAGUGGCCAGCAGAGAAAAGAGAAAGCAUGCAGAUCACACUAAGCUCAUGGGCAGGACAGCGUUGGGAAGGUGCGCGAAUUGUUCGAAUGAUUGAACGAGCCAUCAAGCGCGCCAUGCAUCGAUGGUAUCGCGAUAAACAUGUGCUGAAUCGACAGCUGCCUCCAUCGCACUAUCCUAGGCCCCGAGUACCAGGUAGUUUGACAGUCCCAACUGCACCUACCGUACUGCCUUUCCAUACAUUCACUUGCCCUUUGUCUGCCAAGGACAUUCGAAUGAUUUCUCAACGAAAUGCUUUGAGGAUAUCGUGCUCUACACUCAAGGCCCCAUGGAUGCAAGAGUCUGUUUUCUCUCCGCCACCACCGCCUUCACCAUAUCUGAAUGUUGGCUAUGUAUCAUCCGAUUUCAAUAACCACCCUUUGGCUCAUCUUAUGCAAUCUGUCUUCGGACUGCACAAUCCGGAAAGGGCCAAGGCUUUUUGCUAUGCCACUACCUCGAGUGAUAAUUCCGUCCACCGCCAGCAGAUCGAGCGUGAGGCACCUGUCUUUCGAGAUGCUAGUGCAUGGUCAGCGGAUCGUUUGGUGCAACGAAUCAUUCAGGACGAAAUUCAUAUACUCGUUAACCUCAAUGGCUACACGCGGGGGGCAAGGAACGAGAUAUUUGCAGCUCGGCCAGCACCAAUCCAGAUGUCGUUCAUGGGCUUUGCAGGUACUCUUGGGGCCGAGUGGUGUGAUUACAUCCUGGCAGACAAAACAGCAGUUCCACCAGACACUUUACGGCCUUGGAGAAGGAAUAUCGACCUGGAGGAUCAACUGUUGGAUCACCAGUCUCAUGAGGAAGAGGACUGGGUCUAUUCGGAAAACAUCAUUUUCUGCAGGGAUACAUUCUUUUGCUGCGAUCAUGCUCAGUCGGAACCGCGGGAAACCCAACUUUCAUGGGGCGAAGAGCAGUUACGACGGUGGAAGAUGCGUAAGGAGUUGUUCCCUAGUCUUUCCGACGAUGCCAUCAUCCUCGGAAAUUUCAAUCAACUGUACAAGAUUGAGCCUACAACGUUUCGCACAUGGCUGAGAAUACUAGACAAGGUUCCGAAAGCAAUCUUGUGGCUACUCCGUUUCCCCGAUCUGGGGGAAAGUAAUCUGAAACGUACUGCCCAGGAAUGGGCCGGUGAAAACGUAGCUUCCCGGAUAUGGUUCACCGACGUAGCCCCAAAACAUCAACAUAUUUCUAGAGCUCGCGUUUGUGAUCUGUUCCUGGAUACGCCAGAGUGUAAUGCUCACACAACAGCAGCGGAUGUGUUGUGGUCAAGCACCCCAUUAUUGACCUUGCCCCGCUACACGUACAAGAUGUGCUCACGAAUGGCUGCUUCCAUUCUCAAAGGAGCACUUCCCAAGAGUAAAGAGGGCCGCAAAGCAGCAGAGGAUCUCAUUGCCAAGGAUGAUGCGCAGUACGAAGAGUUUGCGAUUAAGCUUGCCAGUGGCCUUUCGUACGAGCUGCAUUCCUCUGGUUACGGAAACGGCGUUGGAAGACUUGCAGAGCUCCGUAAGCUUCUUUAUGAAAGCAGAUGGACGUGUGCACUCUUUGACACAAAGAGAUGGGUUUCAGACCUUGAAAGUGCUUAUGAUGAGGCGUGGCGACGAUGGGUUGCAAACGAAGGCGGUGAUAUAUAUUUAUAA